UGGGCUCCUAAGCACACCAAAAACCAUAAACAGAGGAAGGAAGCUCUCAUUUCGUUUUCACCUCCCUCUUGAAAUUUCUGGGUUUCGUCGGCGGCGAACUGAGACUUGUAUCGCCGGAGAAUGGAGUUUACGGCGGCCGAUCGUCUUGGAAUUGAGGAGAACAGCAGGGGCAGCAUCAUGACGUUCUCUUGCCGUCGCGUAUCUCGGGAAUCCUAAGAACCGCAUUUCCAGAGAAAAUCCUACGCAAAAGCGACUUUUACUUGGCAGAGUUUCGAAGUUAUUCCAUGCUUUGUUUGGCAAACUGGAGGCAGAAGAAACUAUAUAAUAUUGGAGAUUAAAAGGUACUUGCUACUUGUUCUUCUUCUUCUCGCUCCGGAGCCUCGAAUUUAGCUAAAAUCCGGAUUAUUUUUCUCCAAGUUUUCUUGAUUUCUGCUUCGAUUCAUCGAUCUCAGUCGCGAGAAGAUUCUGUGGAGUUGUCAGUGAAGGAUUUCGAUCGAUGUAUCGGCAUUAGAACCCUCUGCUUUUUGUUUUCGGGCUUUGAAUUUGUAAUUUCGGUUUUUAGUGAAAAGUUUAGCUUUUCGUUCUCGAAUUUUGUAAUUGAUUGCGGAGAGAAAAUAGAUUAGUAUAAUAGGUAGAGAAUCAGGCUUAAUUUUUUUGAUUAAGCUCGAGAGGAAGCUUUAACCUUGUGGAAAUGGAGGAAGUUUGUGAAGACGAUCGGACGUUCUGAAUUUUUUUUGUUCUCGUGAAUUUGAUCACGCCGAUCAUGCCUUUUCCAAUGAAAAUCCAACCGAUCGAUUUUCGCACGAGUCCUGAAGAACUGACUCUGUUCGAGCCGGUCAAGCCGGUGGCGGCGAAGUCGCGGCUCAAGCGGCUGUUCGAGCGGCCGUUCACGAACGUAUUGAAAAGCUCAGCGGCGACGGAGAAGACCAGCGGAGGAAUCGGAAUGGAAGAGCUGCAUUUCAACAAAGACGGAGGCGGCGGAGGAUCGGCCGAGUUCGAGCCGAGCUCCAUGUGCUUGACGAAGAUGGUUCAGAAUUUCAUCGAGGAGAGCAACGAGAAGCAAUCAUCGACUGCGGCGCGGUGCAGCCGGAACCGCUGCAACUGCUUCAACGGAAACGACAGUUCGGAAGACGAAUCGGAGCUGUUUGGCGGUUUCGGCGACUCCAACGUGGCGUCCUCUGCCGAAUCAUGUGAGCUUCUCAAGGGUUUGGUUUCGUGCCAGAGCGUGAGCGAGAGGAACCUGCUAGCCGACACAGCGAAGAUUGUUGAGAGAAACAAGGCCUGCUGCAAGCGGAAAGACGACACCUGCAGAACCGUCGUUUCUGAUAGUCUGUUAGCUCUCGGAUACGACGCGUCGGUCUGCAAAUCUCGUUGGGAAAAAGCUCCGUCCUAUCCCGCCGGAGAAUAUGAUUACAUUGACGUGAUCGUCAAAGGAGAGAGACUGCUGAUCGACGUCGAUUUCAGAUCGGAAUUCGAGAUCGCACGGCCGACGAAGAGCUACAAGGCGAUUCUCCAGACGCUUCCGUACAUUUUCGUCGGGAAGCACGACCGGCUGUGGGGGAUCAUCGCGGUGGUGUCGGAGGCGGCGAAGCAGAGCUUGAAGAAGAAGGGGAUGCCAGUUCCACCGUGGAGAAAAGCCGAGUACAUCAGGGCCAAGUGGCUGUCUCCUCACACUAGAGCCACACCGGCGCCGUCCGAUUCGACUCAGCCACUGAUCGGGUCAGGCGACUCGGGACUGAGUCUGGGCGGGACAAGCUCGGUUGAGGAUGGUGAGUUGGGCGACGAGUCGGUGUUUGAGUUGUCGGCGAGUUCCGGUGAGGAAGAGAAGGCGAUGGAGGCGGCGAAGGAGUGGAAGCCGCCGGAGCUGAAGCCGAAAAGAUCGGCGGUGACCGGAGUAAAAAUCGUGACCGGUUUGGCUUCUGUCAUGAAAUAUGAACCGUAAAAUUUUGAUAAUUUUUGAAACUUUUUUGUUUUAAUUUUACUUUUGACUGUUAGAGGAAGUGAAAUAUCGUAUAUGCCCCUGUAUAUGCUUUAUAUGGUAGAGCAUAACAACCGUUUGAUCCCUUCUAUAUUUUUGAUGUAAGGGUCGGAUUUACUAGUAGCAAAAAAUAAAGUGAUAUUUUUACAAAUUUCA